CCCGCAGGCUGCGCCUUCCCCUACGCCUCCUACUCCAUGCCGGCAUCCUGGCUGCACGGCCGCCUGCACCGGCUCUUCGUGCCUGCCGCCGCGCUCAACUCCUUCUUGUGCACCAGCCUCUCCUGCUACUCCCGGUUCCCCGAGCUAGAAAGUCCUGGGCUCAGUAAGGUCCUGCGCACAGCUGCCUUCGCCUACCCCUUCCUGUUCGACAACCUACCACUCUUUUACCGGCUCGGGCUGUGCUGGGGCAGGACCCACAGCUGCGGGCAGGAGGCGCUGAGCUCCAGCCACACCUACCACCUCCUGUGCGCGCUGCUCACUGGCUUCCUCUUCGCCUCCCGCCUGCCUGAGCGGCUGGGGGGCACCGUGGCCACCCUGGCCCUGGCGGUGGCCGGGAACCUGCUCAUCAUUGCCGCCUUCACAGCCGCCCUGCGUCGGGCCCCGGGAACCUGCCCCCCGCUGCAGGGUGUCCCUGCAGAGGGGAGAGCCCGGCUUAAAGAGCAGUGAGGCCCUUCCGGUGCCCAGCCAGAGGGCAGCCGAGGCCAGGCACUGGCAUUGUGGGGCCGUGGAGGGCAGGAACUGCGGAGGGUCUGCUCGGGAGAGACGUGCGUCCGGCCCUACUUCCGGUGCCCGAGUCCGCUCAGCGCGGCACCUGACGACUAACCCAGGCCGCUGCCACGCUCGCUAACAGGCCCCUAACAGGCCCCUAACAGGCCCGAGACCUCCCGUGCCCUGGUGCUCAGACUGGGUCACACCUGCCCUCAAGGGGUGGGGUCUGCGCAGACUGGGGAGCAGCUUCCGCCUCUGGAGCAGAGCAGGUGCGCUGAAUAAACCACUUGGGAAACUCGG